AUGAUGUGUGGACCCGAACUGCAAUUUUGUAGUUCGUCGGCAGACAAGGAAGUAGGGUCGGCCCGUCGCGACGAGUUGAAAUCGGGCCCCAGCUGCGGAUUGGGGGCUCGGCUGCGAGUGAAAGUUGAGGACGACAGGGAUGAGGAGAUCGUCGGCGGUGACCGUGAUGUCGACCGUUGGCCAUGUGUUGGUGUAACCUUGGGGGCCCGAGCAGGUAUGAGGUCGGAGAUGGCCAGGUCGGCCAUGGUCGGCUCUGUUCUGAGGUCGGCCAUGGGCUGCGGUCGGGUACCGGCUGAUAGUCAAGGACUUUUGAAGAACGCGAUCAAGCAAGAGAAGGAGGAAUCAUCAACGAAGGACGUACUAAUCAUUUGCGAGUACUUAGGAGUAUCUCUGGAAGAGCUUCUAGGAAGACCACCAAACGAGGAAGGCAAGUUCGCAAUCCACUUGACACCAGAAGCAUCGAUCCAUGAAGAAGAAGGGUCCAAGGGCUCCGGGCUCGGGUGCGGCUGGGGCACGGGCGCGGAACGCGACACGCGCGGGUGA